AUGCCCACAGACUCGGAGCGCGAUCCGUCGCACCGCCGGCCGCGCGGCGACGAGAGACGCAGACGUCGCGAGUCCCACGGCGAGACGUCAGGCACCGACCGCCCGCGUAGGCGACGAGAAAGCAAUACACCAUAUGAAUUCGAGGGCAGGAGGAGAAAAGGGCAUCGCGCGACGGACUCCCAGGGCGAGUUAUUAAGACCGACGCCCCGCGACAGCAGAUACCAGAGCGACUCGGAAUGGGAUAGCUCUGCGCCCCGGCGCCGCAGCCGGCGUCCCAGUACCAGCGACCGCAAGUCCGCGGCGCCUCUGAGCCUCGACGCCCUCGCAAAGCUGGACAAGGAAGUAGCAAAGAAGAAUGGCGGGUGGCGCGGGUAUGACUACGACGAAGACUAUCUCAAAGAGGUCCGCCGCAAGGAGAAGCAGCUUGAGAAGGACCGCGUCAAGACGAGCAAGGACGAGAAGAAGAAAGCGCAGAAGGAGGAAGAGAGGAGGAAGGUUGAGGAGAGCGACAGGGAGGUUCUUGAGGAGAAGGAGAGGCGGAGACAGAGAGAGCUGCGAAGGAAGAAGAGGGAGAGUAGAGAGGUCAAGGGUGGGGCGGUGGCGUUGGGCGAUCUGGCGGGGAUGGAGAGCAAGAGAGCGAGUCGGACAGAGGAUGAACGCGAGCGUAGACGGAGAGAUGAGGCGCGGUAUACUGCGAGCGAGAUCGAGGAGAGGAGAGAGCGGAGACAGCGUGAGAAACAGAAGAGGAAGAGCAGAGUUGUGAGCGGACCACUGGCCGAAGAGGGUGGUAUUGAUGACGACGACGAGCACCAAUACAUGAUGGAGAAGCGGGGCGGGGCGGGCAGCACGCCAACUGUGCUGUCGGCGGCAGAGCAGGCAAGGAAGAAGAAGCGGAAAAAGAUCAUCAUUGGUGUAGUCUCCGUUCUUAUUCUUUUGGCCAUCAUCAUUCCUAUUGCAGUUCUCAUGUCGAACAAAAAGAGCAACAACACAUCAGGAAGCGAUACUGCGGCCGGGCAGUCGACACCAAAGAACAGCAACCUCGACGGGAAAGACCCGAACAGCGUGCCUCAGGCGGACAAGGGCGGCAUACUCGAUCCCUGGUCGUGGUACGACACCGAAGACUUCAACGUCACCUAUACCAAUGAGCUCGUCGGCGGCCUCCCCAUCAUCGGCCUCAACUCGACCUGGAACGACGACGUACAAGCCAACUCCAAAGUCCCUAACCUUCAAGACUCCUUCGAGUACGGCAAGACGCCCAUUCGCGGCGUCAACGUCGGCGGCUGGCUCAACCUCGAGCCCUUCAUCACACCCUCCUUCUUCGAGAACUUUGGCGCCCGCGACGGCGUCGUCGACGAAUACACUCUCCUCACCAAGCUCGGUCCGACGAAAGCAAAGAGCACGCUUGAGCAACACUACUCCGCCUUCGUCAACAAGCAAACCUUCAAGGAGAUUCGUGCUGCAGGCAUAGACCACGUGCGCUUCCCCUUCGGCUACUGGAUCGUGCAGACCUACGACGGCGACCCAUAUCUCGCACAAGUCUCAUGGCGCUACCUCCUCCGCGGCAUCGAAUACUGUCGCCAAAACGGGCUGCGCGUGAACCUCGACCUGCACGGCGCUCCUGGUUCGCAGAACGGCUGGAACCACUCCGGCCGCCAGGGCGUAAUCGGGUGGCUGAACGGCACAGACGGGGACCUGAACGCACAACGCACACUCGACGUCCACCACAAGCUUUCCGUGUUCUUCGCACAGCCGCGCUACAAGAACGUGGUGACCAUGUACGGCCUGGUCAACGAGCCGCGCAACGUCGAACUCGACACCAACCGCGUCGUCAACUGGACACAAACGGCCAUAACGCAGAUCCGAAACGACAACAUCAGUGCCGUCAUCGUGUUCGGCGACGGCUUCAUGGGCCUCGACAAUUGGCAGGGCAAACUACAAGGCAACGAGAACCUGCUGCUCGACGUGCACCAAUACGUCAUCUUCAACGUCAACCAGCUCUCGCUCGGCCACAGGGACAAGUUGAAUUUUGCAUGUUCAGCCUGGACGCAGCAGAGCCUGCGCAGCAUGGACACGACAACCGGCUUCGGGCCCACAAUGUGCGGCGAAUGGUCCCAGGCCGACACAGACUGCACGCAGUACAUCAACAACGUCAACAUCGGCACGCGCUGGGAGGGCACAUACGACACGGGCAACCUCUCCACCGCGAUCCUGAAGCCCCAGUGCCCCGUGCAGGGCAAGUGCACCUGCGACCCGGCCAACGCCGAUCCGUCGACUUACACCGCCGACUACAAGAAGUGGCUCUACCAGUUUGCCAUUGGCCAGAUGGAUGCGUUUGAAGCCGGCUGGGGCUGGUUCUACUGGACAUGGGAGACGGAGAAGGCAACGCAGUGGAGCUAUCGCCGCGGCAUGGCUGCUGGCAUCCUUCCUACAACGGCGUACGAUAGGGAUUGGUCGUGUCCUGAUAACGGCGUCGAUGGGCUGGAUACGUUUACCGAUCUGCCCGAGUACUACUGA